AUGACCAUCAGGACCCCAGACACCCCUGGGCAGGUCAUCACCAGGGGCAGGGAAAUGACCCUAGGAAAUGACCAGAGGACGUGGUCGGACAGCUGGAAGCUAGAGCGCCCAACAGGCAGGAAAUUGGUGGGAAAUGACCAGGGACGGCCCUAUCUCAAAGACCUUUGGAAAUGGCACGGACACCCAUCUACAUCAGGAAAAGACAAUCGCCGUGGCAGCCGUGGCCCCACACCCCCCACACCCCUCCACACCCUCACACCAUGGUGUGGGACUAUACGGGGGUACGAAACCCCACAUCUCGAUUGUGGCGACACAACAACGUUGUGCGGCCAUAAUCCAUGGCCAUCCACAGCAGACAACACCUUUCAACGACGGCCCACAAUCUUCAUUUCAUGGUAG